AUGCCCGGAACCAACAAACCAGAAACGAACAAACCAGUCAUAGUCAUUGUUCCCGCAUCAUUCUCUCCACCAAGUCUCUACAGCGAGGUGGUCGUGGCUUUGGGUAGUUAUGGCUAUGAGACCGUUGUGAUCCAUCUUCCUUCGGUUGGCAAUCGCAGUCCGCUUCCUGCUUCGACCAUGGCUGAUGAUGCAGCGUACAUCAAGUCACUCACCACCAAAUUGGCCGACGAGGGCAAGGAAAUCAUCCUGGUUAUGCAUUCAUAUGGAGGCAUCUGUGGCACGGAGAGUACGAAGGGAGUGACGAUGGCGGAACGCGCGCAAUCUCAGUUGAAAGGCGGAAUUGUUCGUCUCUUCUAUAUCAGCUCCCCUGUUCCAAGCUUGGGAGGCUCGAUCACGACGCAAAUGGGUGACAAAAUGCCGGAAUUCAUCACGAUUGACGGUGAUUAUAUGUUUACCAACCCAGAGGGUUGUGCUCGAACGAAUUUCUCGGAUCUUCCCCUGGCAAGGGGAGUCGAACUGGCGAGAAACAUGCUCCCACAUUCGACAGUCAGCUUCACGGGCAUUCUCACUCACCCGGGUUAUCACAGCAUUCCGGUGUCAUACCUGGUUUGCAAGGACGACCUGGCAGUGCCACUGCAAGUUCAAGAGUCUAUCAUUAGCCGGAUCGAGGAGGAGAGCGGUCGUAAGGUCGAUGUGUACACUUGUCAAUCAGGUCAUUUUCCCACCAUCAGCAGUGUCGAUGAGGUGACUGGGUCUAUCAGGCGGGCAACAGGGGAGACGCUGUUGUAG